AUGUCUUUACCCACGCCCCAGUUCAAGGCACGCAGCCGCCGCCCAUCAGCCAAGGACCAGUCCCGAUCAACGAAACGCACCACGCUCAGCGCGAAGAAUGCCAUCUUGACUCUCCUCUCCGCUUCACCAGCACUCGUGGCAGCUGAGACCUGCAUUUCACUUAAAGGCUCUACCACCUGUCCUGCCUUUGAAUCCGCCUCCAUUUCGAUCAACUCCUCGUCCACUGAUUUUCCAUUCCUGCUCUACGUUACUGAUAGAGAAAACUUUGACUCUCAGCUCGCUACCUACGUCAAGACAACCUACGUUGAAAAGAAAUACGAGGAUGUCUUUGGAUGUGGAGGUGUUGACCUGACAAAUUCAAGCGACAUGUACGCUCGAUUCACAACAACGGUGUUGUGCAAUGCCAUUGUUCAGAAUUCGAUAAGCGUCUGUGGCCUGUCUAACGCUCAGUCUCGUCCCCUAUGCGCCGACACCUGCGCCGAAUACGCCCAGAGCGAAGUUUACGUUACCUCCGACGAUAGCCUCUGCUCCAACCCACGAGCCGACCUGGUUGGCUUGAUCAGAUCCGACUUCACCAUUUGUGCUCUUCCCGAGGGUGCCCUCGACAGUUCUACCUGUAUCUCGGGCAUAGAGAAUGAGUCGAACAACUGUGGCUAUGGAAAUAGCACCAUCGGACUUUGCUCGUACUGCGCUCAAGGAGGUAUUAACUCGACUGACACCUGUUGCUACGGCGCAGGCGCAGAGGAUCGUUGCAAGAACGUCGUCUUGCCCUCGCUCACUGCAACAAUGACUUUCACAGCGCCAACUGCCUCAUCGACGUCGGGCUCCGGAGGCUCCGGUUCUUCUAACGACACCAACAGCGACAACGACAAGGACGACGACAGCAGCAGUGGCAAUGGAUUGGGAGGCGGUGCGAUUGCUGGCAUUGUGAUUGGCGCUCUCGCUGGAAUUGCCUUGCUUGCCGUUGCUCUGUUCUUCUGUGUGAAGAAGAGGCAGAGAAGACCAGUUAGUCCCAAGGGCAGCAUUUUCAACCAGCCAUCCCCAGCAAGGAAGGGCCCAGCAAUGGCCCAAGCAGCCCCGGCAGUCCCGAGUGCACCCAAAGGAUACGAGGUGCUUCCAGGAGGACGUAUCGCUCGCAUGUCAGCCUUGGAGGGCCACUCUGGGAACUCUCCUUCUCAUCAUCGGGAUGAUUCAUCAAAUGCUGGAGGAGUUGGAUACAUUCCUGCUCGACGAAGAGGGCCCGACAACUCUUCAUCUUCUGAGUUUGGUGAGAGCCCGAUGUCAGACACUCGUGCCGGUAUCCUUCGAGCGCCACCACCGAAUCCUAGGAGAAACGGCUCCCUCUCUAGUGGUUCCGUCCUAGGAAGCUCCGUCCCGCAGUCCCCCACCAGCGCUGGAGGAUUCUCAUCUCCACCAGGGAUGACUAGCCAGCAGUCUGAGCAGCUUCCUUUCUUCAAGGACUACUACUCCUCAGAGGACAUUCACCCUGGCGACCGGGUUGCUGUUCUGUGGGCAUACCAACCCCGUGCUACCGACGAGUUCACCUUGGAGCGUGGAGAUAUGCUGAAGGUUGUGGGUAUCUGGGACGAUGGAUGGGCAACCGGCAUCAUUCUGAAUGAGCGGGCCGAAGAAUGGGAGGUACGACGAGCAUCUCAACGAGACAGCGGUGUAUCCAAUACCUCUGGUCGUCGUGAUAGCUCCCCCAUUGGCGAUGGCGAGAUCAAGGCCUUCCCAUUGGUGUGCGUCUGCCUCCCUGAGCAUUGGAGAAAGACCAUCGAGGGAGACGGAUCUACCGAAUCCGGCUCCAACGGCUUCAACGGUCACUCGACUCUCUCAUGA